CAGUUAACUCUUUUUAGGGAUGCGAGGCGAUGACAUAUACGAACAGGGUUUAGUGGAUUCGGUUGCAGAGACUGCGGAUGAUCUUUUGUCUGAUUAUUUGAAAACCGUUAUCGAAGAACACCCCCAUCACAAGCACGACUCCAAGCGACGAUUUCUGGAAGAGAUUUUACCUCAUACCCUCCGAUACUUAGACAACUUCAAACGCAAGCACAGCCGGGAAUACGGCUAUGUUGUGGGGGGCAAAUUGACCUAUGCCGAUCUGGCGGUUUAUAAUGUCCUGGAACAACUCGUAGUCUCCGGAACCGUGGAUCCUAAACUUCUUCUGCAAUUUAAUUAUACUGCAGAACUGCGUAAAAGGAUGCUGUCACACGGAAGUUUGUCACGAUAUUUUAAAUCACGUCCCCAUACGCAAAUUUAAUUUCCAAAGAGCAUCCAGUUCAUCGUCCCAGCAGUUUCUUCUCAAGAACAGCAUCAUAAAGCACCACGUAACCCAUAAUACUGCGUCGCACUUCGGACAGAAGUUACGUAUCACCAGAAGGUAUAAACGCAUCAUCACCAACAUUCUGUUUUGAAAUACUGGCUCGUUCUUUGAUAAUAGCUGGGUACUUUAUCCACAGUUUUAGCCGGAACGCAUCCACUCCGUUUAAAUAAUAUUUCAAUAGACGCUUGUGCUUGGCGAAUCCGAGAUUUUCGUACAAAUGCAGUGCUGCCUGGUUGGUUGUUUCUGUUUCCAGAACUACCUGCAAGCGCACUGCAAAUGAAUAAAGGAUAACAAAGCCAUGA